AUGGAUGAAGAGCAAGAUGCUAGACUAGAGGAUGAUGUUGUUCGAGAAGAGGAGUAUGGAGAGAUUAGAGUGGAGGAGGAAAUGAUUGGUGGGGGAGUUAUCAGUAUCAUUGAUCUCAAUAAUGAUUAUUAUCUCGUGGCAUUCUCACAUGAAGACGACAAGAAGGCGACGAUGACUAAUGGGCCCUGGUUUAUCUACGAUCAUUACUUAACGGUGCAGGAAUGGAGACCAAAUUUCCAACCGGAGAGUGACACUAUUGAAGAAGUUGUCGUGUGA